AUGGAGGUGAGAAACAGAAAAGAGGGUGGUGUUGAUACAAAUGACAUUCCUGAUGGAUGCUCAGUACAAUUAACAAAGCUUAUCACACAUGUAGCCAUUCAUGUUGCAGGUUUCUUCUUAAUGUACAUUCUCUGUCAUCUUUCGCACUACCUGCUAAAGCCUUAUUCCCAGCCUCGCAUUACCUCUGAUACCUUUGUAGGACUAGUCAUCGGAAACAUAGGGUUCAUACGUGGUGUUUUAUCACAGUCAUCAAAGCAUAUAUUGCGUUACCUGGUUGAAUUUGGAAUGAUUGGCUACAUGCUUGUGCUAGGAAUAGAAAUGGAUCCAUAUGUGCUUUUGAAACUACCAACCAAAGACGCGAAAGUGGCCUAUGUUGGUAUGCUCUCCACAUUCAUCCUAGCCUGUGGAAUAACCCCAUUUCUGCACUAUACAGAAAGUUUUAAGAUUGACUUCACUCUCUCCCUCUCCAUGGUCCUUUCGAGCACGGCUUCGCCUGUACUGACACGAAUAAUAACUAGUCUCAAAAUAGGCAAGUCAGACAUAGGCCAGCUCGUCAUUGCUACAGGAAUGCACUCUGAUUUUAUAGCCACUCUUCUCCUCUCCAUUGGCUUUGUCAUUUGGCCUGUUGAAGAUGCAGAUAAAAAAAGCAGCCUUCAUAGAUCCCUUGAGAUGGGUAUUGCAUUGUUGAUCACGGCAGUUUUUACAGCCUUUGUUUCACCAAUCUUCAUGAACUGGGUUAACAAUGAAAACCCCGAAGGCAAACCCAUGAAAGGCUCACAUCUAGUCCUCUCUAUGGCUUUCAUGGCCUUCGCUGUGGCCUGCCCAUCAUAUUUUGGGUACAGUUCUAUUUUGAGUGCAUUUAUGGCAGGAAUCUUUUUACCAAGGGAAGGAAGAGUGUCAAAGUGGGUGAUAGGCAAGAUCAACUACUUGUUGAGUACCAUAUACUAUCCCAUUUUUUUCUUUUGGAUGGGGUAUGAAGCUUAUUUUGCAGAAUUCCAGCCUCUUGACUGGAUGACAUGGGCAAGGUUAUUUGUUGUUUUUGCUAUAGCAACAGUCGGAAAAGUUUUAGGAACAGUCAUCUCUGGAGCCCUCUUGGGGUUUAACUGGCCUGAAUCUGUUGCACUAGGGCUUCUUCUCACAACCAAAGGCCAUUUUCAUAUAUACUUGGCCAUUGCUGCAAAAUCGUAUGGAAAAACCUCUACUUCAACCAGUACUGUGAUGGUAAUAGCUAUUUUUUUCACUGUGGUGCACGCCCCGUCAGUUGUGGCACAAAUUAUUAAGCGUGCAAGGAGACGAGCACCCACUCAUCGGAUGUCACUUCAGUUGCUUGACCCCUCAAGCGAACUACGCAUAUUACUAUGCCUUCAUGGGCCACAAAAUGUGCGUACUGCGAUUAACUUCAUUGAGCUAUGUAGAGGGACAGCAGACCCUGGAGUUGUAGUAUUUGUAACAGACAUGAUAGAACUUACGGACCAAAUAGCAGCAACACUAGUUAAAGAACAAGGAGUGAACACAAUGACUGUGACUGAAAAGGCGGUAACAGACAUGAGAGCUCAAGUCACUGCUGCAAUUCAAUCCUAUGUAGAAGAAGACGAUAAUGGUAUUACACUAGGACGAUUGCUUGCACUCUCGACUUUCAAUGGCAUGCCCCAAGAUAUAUGCGUUUUGGCUGAGGACUCGACGGUGGCCCUCAUCAUAUUGCCAUUUCACAAGACACAAAGUGCAGAUGGGACAUUAGAUGGCGGUCAUUCUGGUUUCAGAUUUGUGAACCGUAAGGUCCUCAAAAAUGCUCCAUGCUCCAUAGGAAUUCUUGUAGACAGAGGUUUUGGAAUGAUUGAAAAAAUAUCAAGAUCUUAUGAUCAUUCUAUCGAUAUGGCUGUCAUCUUCAUUGGUGGAAAAGAUGAUAGAGAAGCACUCGCCUAUGCCGGUCUUGUAGCACGACAUCCUGGUGUAAAACUCACCAUCUUAAGAUUUUUGGUGGACACUACCACAAAUGCGUCAAGUAGACCUGGCCAUUACCCGGUCAGCCGUGCUCUACAAGAAGAGGAAAUGAAGUUUGAUGAUGAGUGCUUUGCUAAGUUCUACGAGAGACAUGUUGCAUGUGGGCAAGUUGCUUACAUGGAGAAGCAUCUUGCCAAUUCUUCUGAGACUUAUAAUACCUUGAUGGCAUUAGAUGGGCAGUACUCACUUAUAAUAGUGGGAAGAGGGGAAAGGGUGAAUACAGUUUUGACGUUUGGGAUGAAUGACUGGCAGCAGUGUCCGGAGUUGGGUCCGAUUGGUGAUGUUCUUGCGGGUUCUGAAUUUUCAGUCAGAACAUCAGUUUUAAUCAUUCAACAAAACAGUGUAAAAGGAGAACUAGACGGCCUUGAUGAUGACUUUUCUGUCAUGUAA